CGCCCGUCUCGGCCUCCCAAAGUGCUGGGAUUACAGGCUUGAGCCACCGCGCCCGGCCGGUAGUGUCUUUAAUGAACUGUACUUUCAAGAAUAUGAGCAGUGUUACUGUAAUCUUAUCCCACAGUCUUUUUUUUUUUUUUUUUUUUACUUGGGAAAAUUUCAAAUACAUUAAAAAAUAAAGAGAAUAGUACAAUGAUUUUUUUCCAUGUACCCAUCAUCCAGCUUCAAGUCAUUAUCAGCUCAUGGCCAAUCUUGUUUCAUCUGUGCAUCCUCCACUCACCCUGGAUUAUUUUGGAGCCAAUCUCAGGCAUCAAGUUACGUCAUCCGUAAAUAUUUCAUUAUGUAGCUUUAAGCGAUUUAAAAAAAAAUCUAACCACAGGACCAUUAUCACAUCUAAAUAAAUGAAUAACAACUCCUUAAUAUCACAAACAUCCAGACAUUGUUCAAGUUGCCCUCUCAUAAAUGUUUUUUACAUUUUGUUCAAAUUAGAAUCUAAAUAGAAUCCAUACACUGUUGUUUGCAACCUUGUGAUGCUGUGUCCCUCUGUUCUCGUAUAUACUGUAAUUUAGUAGUUAAACAGAGCUGUACUGUCCAAUAUAGUAGCCACAUUCAGCUAUUGAGCACUUGAAAUGAUCUAUUUGAGUUGAGAUGUGCAAUUACAUAUGUGGAUCACAUGUUUCAAUUGGAUAGUGCUGAUCUAGAGGCUUGAUCACAUUUAGAUUGGAAUUUUCUGGCAGGAAUACUUCACAGACAUGAUGUGUACUUCCAGUCAGGAGGCACUAAUGUCUUGGCUUUUUUUGUGAUGUUAGCGGCCACUGAUAAGAGCUACAUUCAUUCAUUGAUGGGGAGGGGAGUCAAAAAUAGUGGUAGUUUAAGUCUGUUAUUCUUCAAUUACUAACUGGAAUACUUUUUAAAAAAGAAAAACUGUACGAAAGCAUUUGUUUUUAAUAAAUUCGGUAAAUACAGAGAAGAUUAGAAAGCUAUGAGAGAAAGAGAUUAGUUCUUAAAUACUAAGGGUAUUUAGCCCAAGUGGCUGAGUUUAUGAUGUCAAAGAAUUUGCUUCUACAAGCCAACCAACUUAAUCACCCUAAAACCAUUCAUGCUUCUAUGCCCAUGUGACAUUUGUAACAAGAAGCUUAGGCUUAUACCAUCUGUUGUAGCUAUUUACUUACACAUGCUUUGUCUGCAGGGAAGCUCUCCUGGAUUUUACAAGCACUGGCCCCCUCACCUUUUCCCUUGCAGCUGUUGGGGGCUCAGCUAAGUGACCACACAGGAGAGCAGUGAGGCCAUUUGAGGCCUGAGCUUGGUCCUCAGGACUCGACUCUCUCUCCCUACCAUCAAGCAGCCCGCCCCAGUCCUGCCAGCCAUCUCCACACUCCUCUGACAGAAUGAAUGCCCUCGAUGGUGUUCCCUUCAAGUUGCCCAAGGGCUUUGUGAUAGGCACAGAGCCUCUUCCUGGGCCAGAACUCAGCGUCCCGCCCUGCGGGGAGCUUCUGCUGGGUUCUAUGCACGACUUCAGCCUGGAGAGGAGGGCACUCUUCUGGGUGGAGGCCGCCGGCCAGGGACCCAGCCCGUACCAGUGCGGUGACCCGGGGACAGCGUCGGCCCCUCCAGCCUGGCUCCUGCUAGUCAGCCCCGAACAUGGGCUGGCGCCUGCCACAAUCAGAGACCAGGAGGCCGGACACCAGGAAAGGCUGGAGGAGGAGGGUGAGGACGAGGCAGAAGCCUCUUCUGGCAGCGAGGAAGAGCCGGGCCCACGCAGCCUCCAACCGGGCUCUCCGGCCAGCCCCGGCCCCGGCCGUCGCCUGUGCUCACUGGACGUGCUGCGCGGCGUGCGGUCGGAGCUGGCGGGGGCAAGGCGGCGACUCUCCGAGGGGAAGCUGGCCGCCCGGCCCCGCGCCCUCCUGCACGGCCUCCGCGGCCGCCGCGCGCUGAGCCUGUGCCCCAGCCCCGCGCCGUCCCCCAGGUCCGCGUCACCCCCGGGGUCCGCGCCCCAGUCCCCCGCAGCCCCCGCGUCGCCCCCGCGGCCCUCCACGGCCGGCGCCAUCCCCCAGCUACGGAGCCACAAGCCCACGGUCGCGUCCCUCAGCCCGUACACUUGUCUGCCACCUCCUGGGGGGGCACCCCAGCCUCUCAACCCCUACAAGUCACACCCUGAUACUGCGGCUGACCUGCUAUCCGCCCUGAGCCAGGAGGAGCAAGACCUCAUUGGGCCAGUGGUCGCCCUGGGAUAUCCCCUGCGAAGGGCCAUCAUAGCUCUGCAGAAGACAGGGAGGCAGAGCCUGAGCCAGUUUCUCAGCUACCUCAGUGCCUGUGACCGCCUGUUACGUCAGGGAUAUGAGGAAGGCCUGGUGGACGAGGCCAUGGAGAUGUUCCAGUUCUCCGAGAGCCAGGCAGGGGAGUUCCUGCGCCUCUGGGAGCAGUUCAGCGACAUGGGCUUCCAGCAGGACCGGAUCAAGGAGGUGCUGCUGGUCCAUGGCAACCGCCGAGAGCAAGCCCUGGAGGAGCUGGUGGCCUGUGCCCAGUGACCACGGAGGCACUCCACGAUGCCUGGGCGUCCAGGCCCAGUGCCAGACCUGGCGACCCAUCCUAACUGUAUUAUUAAAACCAAGCAAGAGUAACAAAGUGACGCAUGCUUAUUGUAAAAACACAAAUAAUGCCAAGGGUGACAGUUAACAGCAGCAGAAUCUGCUGAAAGAGUUGAAAUGGUUGCCUCUGCAGAGGGGCAGAUGGGACAGCCGGACGGGGAGCUAUGUUCUUCAUGCAUGCCUGUGAAACCACCUGAUUUGACUCUUUACACUGUGUGCAUUAGUAACCUUGAUUUUAAGAAAAUUAAAACCAAUAAAUAAUGGGCA